AGGAGGCCGGCGGGUCCUCGGGCUCCUCCAGCCUUGCGCGUGCGCAGACGAUAAACCAACGCCCCAGUAUUGAGGCGCGGGUUUGGUGGCGCGUUUUAGCGAAGUUGCACGUGAAGGGCAGCAGUAGCUGGAGCCAGACCCAGCCAUGGCAGGCACAGGCAGCAGUUCGCCACGGGGCAAGCAUCUGUUCAAAGUCAUCCUGAUGGUCCUAGUGGCCCUCAUCCUCCUCCACUCAGCGUCAUGCCAGUCCCAUCCAGACUUUGUGUCACCAGGCCAGCAGAAGAGGGAGGUCCCGGUUGAUCUCUUGAGCGAGAUAGGUCGAUCUGUGCGGGGAACACUGGAGGCCUGGAUCGGGCCAGAGACGGUGCACCUGGUUUCCGAGACCUUGUCUCAGGUGAUGUGGGCCAUCUCGUCAGCCAUCUCCGUGGCCUUCUUCGCCCUGUCUGGGAUCGCUGCACAGCUGCUGAGUGCCUUGGGGCUAGACGGAGAUCAGCUCACCCAGGGCCUGAAGCUCAGCCCCAGCCAGGUCCAGACCUUCCUGCUGUGGGGAGCUGGGGCCCUGGUGGUCUAUUGGCUCCUGUCCCUGCUCCUCGGCUUGAUCUUGGCCUUGCUGGGGCGGAUCCUGUGGGGCCUGAAGCUUGUCCUCUUCCUGGCCGGCUUUGUGGCCCUGGUGCGGUCUGUGCCCGACCCUUCCACCCGGGCCUUGCUCCUCCUGGCCCUGCUGACCCUCUACGCCCUGCUGAGCCGGCUCCUUGGCACCCGGGCCUCCGCCCACCUUGAGGCCAAGGUGCGUGGGCUGGAGCGCCAGGUAGAGGAGCUGCGCUGGCGGCAGAGGCGAGCGGCCAAGGGGCCCCGGAGCGUGGAGGAGGAGUGAGAAGGCGAAGUGACAACGCCAGCCACCUUGGUUGUACCAAAGAGCUGUGCCGCUUCUGGGUCGCACAGCCCUCCUUCCAGCCCUCCUGCCCUUUUCUUGCCCUCUGACCCUUGAGAACCUUUAUCUCUGCGUCAGACCCCCUACCUGAGACAGAGGAAGACCGGUCCCCCUGCUGGUCCUCUGUCUGGGGUUGGUUCUCUUAACCCUUCCUCUGCUCCCAGCCUGUCCCGGCCAGUGAGAGUCGGAGGGGCCUCCCCUCCAGCUUCUGCAUCUGCUCUCAGCGAACGAACAUCACUGCCAUCUCCCGCAACUCCGCCACUGCCUUGCCUUCCUCGGAUGGUCUUGCUCUUCUGUCUUCCAGCUCCUCCUCUUUGAAGUCCUCAGUUCCCUUCCUGUUUGUCUCUCUCCAGCCCUGUUCUCCCACCAACCCCCAGUCCCUCAAGGCGUGCUCCUGUCCCCUUCAUUGCCCAGCCACGGGGAAGAGGCUUGGGAGCUGAGGGGAUGGGAAGGGGGGAAGUUCUCACGUGGGGCUGGGGCCGAGGAUGUACACUGAGUCCCUUACAAGUGCCUUAAUCCGAGCCAGCGGGGCCCUCCGCUUGCCCGCUCCUGUACUGAAUGUAGGAAGGUGCACUGUGGCUGCUUUGUGUCAAGAAGAGAGUGGUCCCUCUCAGAAGCUUGAUUUCCCUUCAGCAAAGC